AUGUUGCAGCAGUGGGUGAAAAGCCACAUCCUCCACGAGAGAGAAGGGUUGACCAUCGACAGCAAUCAUCUUGCUGUUGAGGGAGAAGCCUCUCUUCAGAGCCAAGUGAAUAAAGGCAACUUUUCAGAGACAGAGGUGGCCCAAGAGAAGGGGAAGGAGAUGGAAGAGCAGGACCCAGAACGACCUGGAACUGGCAAGACAGCAAGCAAAGGCCCCGAUCCCACCCCAGCUGGGAGUGGUGUUGAAUUCUGGGAAAGGGCUGUGUCAGAGGUCCUGGCUAAGAACACCCUGACCUCAGAAGUAUGUUGCCAAUGUUUCCGGCAGUUCCACUACCAUGAGGCCGAUGGGCCCCGAGAGGUUUGCAGCCAGCUCCAUGGACUUUGCAAUCAGUGGCUGAAGCCGGAGAGACACACCAAGAAGCAGAUCCUGGACCUGGUGAUCCUGGAGCAGUUCCUGACUCUCCUGCCCCAGGAAAUGCAGUGCUGGGUCCGAGGAUGUGGGCCGGAAACCAGUUCCCAGGCGGUGGCCCUGGCCGAAGGUUUCCUCCUGAGUCAGGCAGAGGAGAAGAGGCAGGCAGAACAGGUGAGAGGAUUCCCUCCAGAAGCUGCAAUCCCUGAGGCAGAAGGAGCUUCCUUGGAGCAGGAGCAGAGGGUGCAGGCGGUGGAGCAUGCCCAAGAUGCCUUCUCCUGUGGAACAGGCAGUGAAGAGAUACUGUUGAGCCGUUGUCUUUUCCAAGGUGUGGGAACAGUCGCUGCACCUCCAAUCCAGGGUCCUUUUUCCUUGGAGGAAGUGUCCAUCUCUUUCACGGAGGCAGAGUGGGCCCUGCUGGAUCCGGGACAAAGAGCUCUGUACAGGGAAGUCAUGCUGGAGAACUAUGGGAACGUGGCCUCUCUGGCAGAGGAUGAUCAGAGGAAUGAGGAGGGUGAGAAACUUCGUCAGGAAAUGACGGAUAAAGAUAAAAAUGAAGACUUGAACGAAAAUGUCAAGAAUUUAAUCAGAGUGAAGAGAAAGAAAGGCGGCUAUAUGGUUGAGAAGCAGACCAGACAUAAAUUCAGUCUCAGUAGUAAUAUUAAGCAGCAUCAGAAAACUCACGCAGAGGAGAAACCUUUUGAAUACUCAAAGUGUGGACAGAGAUUUGGUAUGAUUGGCAGUCUUCAAUAUCAUCAGAAGAUUCACACAGGGGAAAAGCCUUUCGAAUGCUCAGUGUGUGGAAAGAGAUUUAGUACGAGUGGCAAUCUUCAAGAGCAUCAGAGAACCCACACAGAGGAGAAACCUUUUGAAUGCUCAGAGUGUGGAAAGAGAUUCAUGUGGCGUGGCAGUCUUCAAGAGCAUCAGAGAACCCACACAGGGGAGAAGCCUUUUGAAUGCUCAGAGUGUGCAAAGAGAUUCAUGUGGAGUGGCAGUCUUCAAGAGCAUCAGAGAACCCACACAGGAGAGAAACCUUUUGAAUGCUCAGUGUGUGGAAAGAGAUUAAGUGAGAGAGGUCAUCUUCAACAGCAUCAGAGAACCCACACAGGGGAGAAGCCUUUUGAAUGUUCAGAGUGUGGAAAGAGAUUCAUGUGGAGUGGCAGUCUUCAAAAGCAUCAGAGAGCCCACACAGGGGAGAAGCCAUUUGAAUGCUCAGAGUGUGGAAAGAGAUUCAUGUGGAGUGGCAGUCUUCAAAAGCAUCAGAGAACCCACACAGGGGAGAAACCUUUUGAAUGCUCAGAGUGUGGAAAGAGAUUCAAUCGGAGUGACAGUCUUCGAGGGCAUCAGAGAACCCACACAGGGGAGAAACCUUUUGAAUGCUCAGAGUGUGGAAAGAGAUUCAUGUGGCGUCACAGUCUUAAAGAGCAUCAGAGAACCCACACAGGGGAGAAGACUUUUGAAUGCUCAGUCUGUGGAAAGAGAUUCAAUCAGAGUGGCCAUCUUCAAACACAUCAGAGAACCCACACAGGGGAGAAGCCUUUUGAAUGCUCAGAGUGUGCAAAGACAUUCAUGUGGAGUGGCAGUCUUCAAGAGCAUCAGAGAACCCACACAGGAGAGAAACCUUUUGAAUGCUCAGUGUGUGGAAAGAGAUUCAGUGAGAGAGGUCAUCUUCAACAGCAUCAGAGAACCCACACAGGGGAGAAGCCUUUUGAAUGUUCAGAGUGUGGAAAGAGAUUCAUGUGGAGUAGCCGUCUUCAAAAGCAUCAGAGAACCCACACAGGGGAGAAGCCUUUUGAAUGCUCAGAGUGUGGAAAGAGAUUCCUGUGGAGUGGCAGUCUUAAAAAGCAUCAGAGAACCCACACAGGGGAGAAGCCUUUUGAAUGCUCAGAGUGUGGAAAGAGAUUCAGUUGGAGUGACGGUCUUCGAGAGCAUCAGAGAACCCACACAGGGGAGAAACCUUUUGAAUGCUCAGAGUGCGGAAAGAGAUUCAUGUGGCGUCGCAGUCUUCAAGACCAUCAGAGAGCCCACACAGGGGAGAAGCCUUUUGAAUGCUCAGUGUGUGGAAAGAGACUUAGUACAAACAGCAGUCUUCAAACACAUCAGAGAACCCACACAGGGGAGAAGCCUUUUGAAUGCUUGGAGUGUGGAAAGAGAUUUAGAACGCGUGGCAAUCUUCAAGAGCAUCAAAGAACCCACACAGGGGAGAAACCUUUUGAAUGCUCAGAGUGCGGGAUGAGAUUCAUGAUCUCAUCUCCGAGUGCUGGAAUAAGAGGAGGAUGGUUUGCAGAGGAGAGCUGA